CUUUUCAUCUCUGCACCUCAAACCCGAUGGAGAGAGAAAAAUGCAGAGCGCCUUAAUGGGCUUCUCAAAGAAGGAAGGAAACCAGGGCUCUUUCUGGGAGCCAAAAAAGAAACAGCCCGAGAAAAUAGGAUAUCAGCACAAGACACAAUGUGAAAAGAAGAGAAGGAUGCGAGAGGGGAAAAAAAACACAGGGUGAGAGAGAGAAGUUGUGCAUUCAGCUAAGCUGCAAAAGGCUGGCUCCUCUUCCUCCCCCCUCUCCUCUCCCCGCCUUCCUCCACCCCCUGGAAAAGUGUUCUCUCUCUCUCUCUACCUCUUUUCUCUCUCCCUCGCUCUGCAGCUGUGGUCUGCUGAGCGUCACCUCCACACAGCAAGUGCCUUUACUUGAGCAGAAGAGGGAGAAGGAAGAGGAGGGUAGCUGCGAGAGAGCUGAUCCCAGGAGUGUAUCAACGCACCAGAGGAGCAUCUCUCUGACUUCGCAGAGAGGGCUGAGAAGUGCACAGAGGCAGACGGGCAGAGGCGGGCGCCGUUGGAGUAUCACAGCGCUGGUGGUGUUGGCAGAGCACGCUGAGUGGAGACAGGGGAAUCCACUGGCGCUGUUGAUCCUGGUGUCUCUGGCAAAAGCUGCUUGAGCAGGAGAGAGAAAACGGCGCAGCAGCCAGGAUCUCGCCAGGGGGGCAGCAUUUUACAGCGACAACGAAGCGUGGAGACAGCUGAAACCUGCGCACACACACACACACACACAGAGGAAAACACACGUCACUUAAAGAUUCACCAGUCUUCUGAAACACACAAACUUACAAAGGAAAGCAGAUACAAAAUGUUACAUUUUCUCAUUCAUGGAUGCUGGAUGAUGGAAAGGAAAACUUCUGGAGAGGAAAUUCUCUUUUAAGCAGGACUUACUGCAGAGAUUUCUCUACUAAGAAUAACUUUCUUUUUGGGGGGAGUUGGAGGUUUAAAGCCUCUAUCUAAGCACAACACAAUAUAACCUCGAUUCUUAGUUGCAGAAAUUGAGAGCGGUCUUUGUGACCAUUAAGAUGCCUCCUCCUGAUUCAGUCUGAGCAAGUAAGUGGAUUAUGGCGGCAAUAUUUUUGGAUUUCUCUUUGGCUUGAGAAAAAAAGAAAAAGAAAAAAAAAGAAGAAAGAAAUAUAUCCAUGACUGUGGAUUUACGUCUGUCAGAGAAGGAGAGGAUCCCGUGCGUUUUCUCUUCUCUUCUCCUGUGGAUUACAGAUGGGCUUUGUGAUCUCCCAGUGCAGUCUCAUGGAUGAUCGCUCGCUGCCAGUCAUUAGGAUAAAGUACAAAGAGGGACACAAGUGGCUUGGGCACAAGCGGAGAUUGAUUGAAGUGAUCUGUGUGAAUCCUAUUAAUGCACCCUGGACUCUGGCCAAGGCAGAAGCAAUGGAGGGGAACACCGCUGUCUAGCAGCACUAUCUGAUCUGCCUCCUCACUGGACAAACUGAGCACCCUCUGCACUCCCUCUUCAACAACACUCCUCCUCCUCCUCUUCUCGCCCAGGCAAGGAUGGUACCUCCACCUCCCACCAACAAGCCCCACGUGUGCCUGUCCACCAUCCUGAUCAUGAGCAGCAUGGCGCUGAUUGAUGCCUACCUGGUGGAGCAGAACCACGGGCCACGCAAGAUUGGCAUCUGCAUCAUGGUGAUGGUGGGAGACAUCUGCUUCCUGAUCGUCUUGCGUUACGUGGCGGUGUGGGUGGGCGCUGAGGUACGCACGGCUAAGCGAGGCUACGCCAUGAUCCUCUGGUUCCUUUACAUCUUUGUGCUGGAGAUCAAGGUCUACUUUGUGUAUCAAAACUACAAAGCGGACAGGAAGAGCCUGGACGCUCUCGCAAGGAAAGCAUUGACGUUGCUGUUGUCCAUUUGCAUUCCAGUGCUGUUUGUGGUGCUGGUUGCUAUCGACCAUAUGGAGUAUGUUCGUGCUUUCAAGAAGCGCGAGGAGAUCCGUAAUCGUCUCUUCUGGGUGGUGGUGGACUUGCUGGACAUACUGGACAUCCAAGCCAACCUGUGGGAGCCUCAAAAGAAGGGGCUUCCUUUGUGGGCGGAGGGCCUGAUGUUCUUCUACUGCUACAUCCUGCUGCUCGUGCUGCCCUGCGUGUCCUUGAGCGAGAUCAGCAUGCAGGGCAUCAACAUCGUGCCCCACAAGAUGCUCCUGUACCCCAUCCUGAGCCUGGUGACCAUCAACGUCAUCACCCUCUUCAUCCGUGGGGGGAACAUGAUUCUGUACAGGGACGCCAGGGUCUCUGGGAUCCUGAUAGGGAAGAACAUCCUGGCCAUCAUCCUAAAGACCUGCAGCUUUGUGCAGUACAGGAGACAGUUGCAGAACGCUUCUCCUGCCUUUGGGGUGGAGCUGCAGAAAAACUCGGUGGCUCACGCUCGCCCUGCCCCCACCCCUCCUCAAGUGGUCAUGCAGGACCAGACGCCCCUCCCCGAGGUGACGACGUGUGAACACACAUGACAGAAUGGCGAGGUGAAUCCUGGAGAUGUCAAUAUGAAUAUAUAUAUGACCCUCAGGACGCUGGCAGGGCACAACGUUCCACACCUUUUAGGGCAUAUGAACACUCAUGUGAACGCACAGGAGCUCCACGGCACACAGGACACUGCAGACGCUUCGUGGGGAUAGAGCAGUGCUGUAUCCAAAGCUGUCAUGGUGCAAAAUACACUAUCACUUGUGACUUUGUUGAAGCAUUUCCUCCAAUGAAUCCAGUUAAUUGUGUAUUUUUUCUAAUCGUACAAAAGAUAAAAAAGUCAACUACUGCGACAUUAGAGGAUAUAUUUUUGAAUUGUGUGUGUUGCAUUCUAAUCUUAAACCUAAGGGUCUGUGUGCUGUGGUGUGUGUAUUUCUGUUGCUCGAAUGUUCUUAGUAGUCGAGGGCUUUAACACGUCAAAGUCAGGAGGAGCAACCAACGGGGGAAUCAAAGUAAUGAAAAUAACAGUUAAAGCUGUCUCUUGAAAGAAGUGUGUUUUUAUAUGUGAUUCUUUGAUAAAGUA